GUAGAAUUUUAGGAAGACACAAAAAUCAAUGUACUCUUUACACAUUAUCCAAUUCUGGAAGUAAUUUACUACUUAAUGAAGUUAAUAGACAAGCAUCAAAAAUACCAUAUGUCAGUGCUGAUUUGAGUUUAACUAAUAUCAAUUAUCAUUGUACACUUAAUGCAGAAAAAAUAUUGUCUUUGUGGGAUAUAAAUAGUGCAAAUUAUAUUAGUAGUGGCGCUCUAUUACAAGACAAUACAACUCGUAUGGGCGAUGCUUGGGGAUGCAUAAGAUUUCAAGAAACAGAUCCAAACCUUUUGAUUUAUGUGGAUAGAUGUUGUUUGCAUUAUCUCGAUACUAGGACUAGUCUUGAUCGAGCGUGUAUUACGUUAUGUCCAAAAUUUAAUUUGGAAAAUUGUGAAAGUUUGUCGAUAGAAGCACCGAGUAAACAUAAUUGUUGUCGAUACUUGGGCACUUAUCAUUCUUUCUUAAUGUGCGAUAAUCGUUCUCCAAAGCAAUGCGUACGUCAGAAAUGGACGCAUCAAUUUAAGGAUGUCCCAUUAUUAGCAGCUGUAACAAAUAGCGAUGAUAAGGAAAUUAUUGUCCUUUCAACUCAAAAAUCUGGCGAAAACACAAUAAUUUUGAACACGUGGUUGAGUGAAGAGGAUUCCCAUUCUUUUAAUUUGCCCUUCACACCUCCAUAUAUUGCAGAAACGUUGAAUGAGUCCCAAUUGCAAGGAAUGUGUUUAAAUCCGUAUUUACGAAGCAGAUUUAAAUUAUGUAACGUUGGUAGUAUGUUAGUUGCAGAUGUAAAGAAAGCAGCAAUAUUCCACUUUAUUCAAAAUUCUAUUGGUGAUAUAUUUUAUCAAUGUGUAACACACGAAAAUAUAUUGGACAAGUACUCUCCUGUAAAUGGCAAAGCUUGUUAUGCAUUAGACAUGUGGGAGAAAGCUUUAUCAGCUCAACCUGAGCCGCUAGUACCUUUAACUCUUACCGACAAAUGCAAUAUGCAAUACAUAUAUGAAAAUUUCUCGAAUAAAACGCUCAGCCGCCCUGUAAAAUCAACCGAAGAAAAUGCAGAUGACGGUUUUGAACCAACAUGGAAACAAUCAUUAGCUACGUUAGGAUCGUAUAUAGAUCUAUUAGCACCAGAACUUCUUGCAGUUUGGGAAAUACGUGAAGACGUAUCUGUACCGGUAGGGGCGGGAUCUCAUCAAAAAGUUUUAAAUUGGUUAGAAUCCUCGACUCUGAAUCAUUCCAAUAUGCAAUCACAAGAUGAGCCGGAAUAUAUACCUACACCUGUCAAUACUCAAGAAUUGAUUAGCGUUUCUCAAGAACACGAUCUUACGUACAUUGAAGAUAGUGAUGUAUUACAAGGAAUACUAUUGCCGAAAGUUAAAUCAGAAAAUAACAGCAGGAAAAAGCGUAUUUAAAUAAUUUACAAUUAACUAUACAAUUGAAAUAUAUUAUUUGACGUUAAUAUUUUUAUAUUUUGGUAUAUAAUAUAUAUCAACUUACUUUACUUUGGUAUAUAAUAUAUACCAAAGUUAUUUGUGUGUGUUUGUAAAAAUUUGUGUAUGUUUCUAAAAAAAUAUUUUAUUACAUGCAUUUUAUAUUCAUUACGUGAUGUAAUAUUGGUAUUACGUAUGUUAUAAAUGAAUAGAAUUAUUUUGAGAACAUCA